UGGAGGGGCCCUUGACUUACACAGCGCUAUGGAAGUAGUGAGGUGUCCCGAGCACGGGACCUGUUGUCUUUUGAAGACCGGCGUCCGCGAAGGCCCGAGUAAGGGCAGGAGUUUCUACGUGUGCCGCGGGGACGCGUGCGGCUUCGUGCAGGCCACCGAUAUCCCUGUUUCUCAUUGUUUAUUGCAUGAGGACUUUGUGGUAGAGCUUCAGGGUUUGUUUCUACCACAGGGCAAAAAGGAAUGGAGGUUGUUCUUCCGAUGCGCUAGAAGUAAGGCGGAAGGGAAGCACUGGUGUGGAAAUGUUCCAUGGCAGGAUCCUAAUCCUAAAGAACAUCCCAUAGAUACUAAGUCUCAGGAUGCAUCUGAGCCAUUUCUUCAUCCUCCCAGCCAGCCAAGAAACCCAUUCAAGGUGCUUAGUAAGAAUCAAAAACCAUCUCUCUGGAAACAGUAUGUCAAAGGAGAAGAUGAGGAAAAGAUAGCUGAUAAGAAGUCAAGGGAAAACAGAGACCAGCUGUUGGAUCAAAAGAAAGAGCAGAGAGCUGAGUCUAAGUUCAGGGUGGACAAAGACCCUUCCUGUGAUCCAGUAACAGAGAAGAGCCACUUGGGAGUUGAAGAGAAGCAGCAAGGGACGAAAGCAGAGUUUCAGUGUGAUGCACAGAGGACUGAAGACAUUGCAUCUGAACAGUGCCAUGGGAGUGAGCUGAGAGGAGCACAUGUGUCUCCUCAGAUGUCAGAUGGUGAGAAGCAGGAUGUCCAGAACAAGCCAGAACCUCUGAGAGAACAGAGUGCCCAACCUUUACCUCCAGAUGUGCAUGGUCACAACCCGGUAAGCCAGCUCUGCGAAGAGCGCCGCCUUGGCAAGGAGUGUCUGAAGAACUGGAAGGCUAAAGAAACAAAGGUCAAGGGUGGCCCGUGUGCUCAGGCCUUCCAGAAAGAGCUGCUUCAGGGGCAUAUACAGGCACCUUCUACAACUAAGACCUGUGCGCCUGCUCCUAAAGGACUGGCAGCACCUGGGCUGUCCUGGGGAGAAGGGCGCCUGGCUGCCUCCAGCAGUGAUGACAGUGAAGGAGAAGACAGCACCUCCUGUAAACCAAGGUCGCCCCUUCUCUCUGACUUCACUCUGGACUCAUGGAGGAAGGAGAACCUUCACGUUCCUCAUCAUUGCCUGCAAAAGCAAAUCCCUGCUGUUUUAGGUGUGUCCAAGAAGAUAGAAUCUUCAGAUCCAGCUGCUCAGCGAGUGCUCCUUAGCACACAGCUCAAACACAAGAAGAGCACACUGGCAGUAGUGAAUAUCCAGGCUCUUCCAGACAAGGGCCAGAAGUUGCUCAAACAAAUCCAGGUGUUGGAGGAAGCACUCAGUGCUCUGGCCCUCUCUCCAGAGCAAGGGAGUAAGGAGAAGAGUGACACCCAAGUACCUCAACAGAGUAACUUCACCAGAGCUACUGGGGACACUCCACACUUGGUGCCCCCCCAGCCCCUUCUGGGUCAUGACGUCCAGCCAGAGAGCUCUCUAGGACUGAAAGCAAGCCACCAGGUCAUGGCUGGAGGACGCAGCCAGUGCUCUAAAGGCUGUAUAAGCCAAGAUCGCCUUCAUACAGUGUGGAAAGUCACGAGUGAUGCCAUUGAUGAGCUGCAUCGAUCUCUGGAGUCACGUCCUGAUGAGACAGCAGUGGCAGAAGACCCAGCUGGCCUGAAGGUUCCAUUGCUACUGCACCAGAAGCAGGCAUUAGCCUGGUUACUAUGGCGGGAAAGACAGAGGCCACAAGGAGGGAUUCUGGCAGAUGAUAUGGGCUUAGGGAAAACUCUGACAAUGGUUGCACUCAUCCUGGCCAAGAAGAAUCAAGAGAAAAGCAAAGAAAAGGACAAAAACAUGGCGACAGUGACAUGGCUUUCCAAGAAUGACUCUUCUGACUUUACUUCCCAUGGAACACUAAUUGUCUGUCCUGCUUCCCUGAUCCAUCACUGGAAGAAUGAGGUAGAGAAACAUGUCAACAGCAGCAAACUCCGAGUCUAUCUCUAUCAUGGGGCAAACCGGAAUCGACAUGCAAAAGUCCUCUCAACAUAUGACAUUGUGAUCACUACUUAUAGCCUUCUGGCCAAGGAGAUUCCCACAGUGAAGCAAGAGGGAGAGGGCCCAAGUGCAAACCUCAGUGUGAAGGGCACCUCGGCCCCUUUGCUUCAAAUCGUCUGGGCUAGGGUCAUCCUGGAUGAAGCUCACAAUGUGAAGAACCCCCGAGUACACACAUCCAUCGCUGUGUGUAAGCUCCAGGCCCAGGCCCGCUGGGCUGUCACUGGAACCCCCAUUCAAAACAACCUGUUGGAUAUGUAUUCAUUGCUGAAGUUUCUCCGCUGUUCUCCAUUUGAUGAGUUCAGUCUUUGGAAAAGUCAGGUUGACAAUGGUUCAAAAAAAGGAGGAGAACGGCUAAGCAUUUUAACCAAGAGCCUGUUGCUGAGGAGAACAAAAGACCAACUGGAUUCUGCUGGUAAACCUUUGGUGGCACUGCCCCAGCGUACAUUUCAGCUGCACUCUUUAAAGCUUUCUAAGGAUGAGGAGACUGUUUACAAUGUCUUUUUUGCAAGAUCAAGGUCCGCUCUGCAGUCCUAUCUAGAAAGACAGGAAAGGAGAGGCCACCAUACUGCAAGCAGCCCUGACAAUCCAUUCCGUAGAGUGGCACAGGAAUUUGGGUCCAGUGUGCCUGGGCGCUCCGUGGCCACAGACUCCCAGGGACCCAGCACCGUGCACAUCCUGUCCCAGCUGCUUCGGCUCCGCCAAUGCUGCUGCCACCUGUCCUUGCUAAAGUCGGCCCUGGAUCCAACAGAACUGAGAAGCGAAGGCCUUGUCUUGUCCCUUGAAGAACAGCUCAGUGCUCUGACCUUCUCUGAGCUCCAGGACCCAGAGCCAUCUUCUACUGUGUCCCUCAAUGGCACAUCCUUCGCAGCGGAGCUCUUUGAAAACUCACGAGAGAGUACCAAGAUAUCAUCUCUGUUGGCAGAAUUGGAGGAAAUCCGAAGAAGUUCGGGGUUCCAAAAGAGUGUCAUUGUGUCUCAGUGGACCAGCAUGCUGCAGGUAGUGGCCCUGCAUCUCAGGAAGCACAGACUGACGUAUGCCACCAUCGAUGGCUCUGUCAACCCCAAACAGAGAAUGGAUUUGGUAGAGGCAUUUAACCACACCAGGGGGCCUCAGGUUAUGCUAAUCUCUCUCUUGGCUGGAGGUGUUGGACUCAAUCUGACUGGAGGAAACCAUCUUUUUCUUCUGGACAUGCACUGGAAUCCAUCGCUUGAAGAUCAAGCUUGUGACCGAAUCUACCGAGUAGGGCAACAGAAAGAUGUUGUCAUACACAAAUUUGUUUGUAAGGGAACAGUAGAAGAGAAGAUCUUGCAGCUCCAAGAGAAAAAGAAAGAUUUGGCCAAACAGGUUCUAUCAGGAUCUGGAGACUCCAUCACCAAGCUCACGCUGGCUGACCUCAAAAUUCUGUUUGGCAUUUAACUUCCUCUCUGAGGAAUGCUGAUAUGUGAUAGGACCUGGUGAAAACACUCUCCAUGAUCCCUGAACUCUGCCCUUGGAUUUCACCUUCACGACUUACACACUCAAGAUACGGCAUUAUCUUUUCCCUAGAGUUUAAUCAAUCAUGUUGGCCAAUCAGCUUUGUUAUAAGAGUCAUAGGAAGUAGUCAGUUCCUUCAAAUUAAUCAAUGCUUUGAGCUGGGCAUGGUGGUACAUACCUAUAAUCCCAGCAUUUGGGAGGGAAGAGGUUGGGGAGUUCUUGGGGAGUUUCAGAGACCUUCUCUCAUGACAAAUGAAAUGAAGCCAGGUUUGGAACCUCAUGGCUCUAAUUCCAGCACUUGGGAGACUGAUGCAAGAGGAUUGUGAGUUGGAGACCAGCUGAUGGUACAAAGUGACUUCGGGUCAGCCUGAGCUAGAGAACUUGUCUCAAGAAAACAAACCUUUAAAAAUGCUUUGGGGUUAGGUGUUUGGGAGGACACUGGCAGAACUUUACAAAAGUAAAGCUCCAAAAGCCCUGAAACUAGGUGUGGUAGCAGAUGCUCAUACUGCAGACAGAAGCAAAAGGAUCGCGAGUUUGAGGCCAGCCUGUGCUACGUAGUAAGUUUCAAGGCAACCCAAAUUACAGAGUGAGACUGGCUCAAAUAAUGGUAAAUAAUGGUAAAGCCCCAGGUUGCCUUCCUCUCGGCUGAUGGGAGGACUGCUGUACUACUUUGUCUCACGGGCUCCCUCUCAUCACUUCAUCUGUUCUUGAUGAGGCUGCUGCUGUUUAUAAGCCUUGACAGGGCUGAGCAGAGGGUUGAUUCCCGCAGCCAGCAGUCACAAUCUAGGAAGUUCUUCCUCAGGCUUAGGAUUAAGGAGAUACUUUACACAUUGGCGGAUGUUCACUAAAUGUGUUUAAUGAUCACAUCAUUUCAUUGUUGCUUGUAUGCUGAGGCAUGCACAUCACUUAGUAGCAAUGUGGUUGUCACGUUGGUUUUUCCCUAUGUGACUUAGUAUUUGAAUUAUUUCCUAUUAGUAUGUCUAUCAUGUAAUGGUAUUACAUAAUUUAAUGUGUCAAUUUUAGUUGUAGCAUGUAAUAUUGUGUUAUUACUUGUACCAUUGUAUCACUUUGUGUUAUCAUUACUAUAGUCUAAUAAAUAUGUUUGACAGUGUGAA